AGAAGAAAAAUAUAUUUCUUUUUCAAAGUUUGUUUCAAAUAAAUUUUCGUUAAGGUUCGUCGAUACAUUUCGUUUUAUGAGUACUAGUUUAGCGGCUCUCGCUGAAAAUUUGCGCGCCGCCGACAUAAAAUUAUUCGAAGAAACCGCAAAAGCGUUUUCAUCGGACGAUGACAUCGAUUUGGUGACCCGUAAAGGCGUGUACCCGUAUUCAUACACCUCAAGCUGGGAUGUACUCGAAGAAAAACAAUUGCCAUCAAAAGCCGAUUUUUAUAACGAUCUGUCAGAAACGCAUAUAGAAGAUGCCGAAUACAAACACGCACAAAACGUCUGGCAACAUUUCAAUUAUAAAACGCUCGUGGUUAGACGUGGACGACGAAACAAAAAUUUUAAAGACUGUGGAAGAGUUACCUGCGGAUUCUCCUAUAGGAAUGACCCUUGAAGUGACGGUGUCGUACCCGAAAGAGUUACAUGAUGCCCACAACGAAAUGCCAUUUCUACCUGAACGAAAAUGUCCCCCUAAUUCACGGGUCAAAAAACUGUUGUCUACUUUCGAUCGGAAAGAAAACUACGUUGUACAUUAUCUAAAUUUAAAACAGGCCAUGGCGAACGGAUUAAAAGUAGAAAAGGUGCAUAAGGUGUUACAAUUUAAGCAGUCGGCAUGGCUAUCAAAAUAUAUACAACUCAACACGGAGAUGAGACAGAAAGCCAAAAAUGAUUUUGAAAAAGACUUUUUUAAAUUAAUGAACAACGCUGUUUUUGGUAAAAUGAUGGAACGUGUACAAUUUAGAACGCAAAUGGAAUUGGUCAAUAAUCCUAAACGAGCGGCUAAAUUAAUUAGAAAGCAUAAUUUCAAACAUUGUACAACGUACAGUGAAAAUUUAUCAGCGUUUGUAUUGGAAAAGAAAAUUAUCGAUUUUUGUAAACCAGUAUACGUAGGUUUCGCAAUUUUAGAAAUUAGUAAAACUCUCGUAUACGAUUUCCAUUAUAACGUAAUGAAGAAAUAUUUCAAAGACCGUGCUCGACUAUUAUACGGUGACACAGAUUCAUUAGUGUACUUUAUCGUGGGUGAUGAUUUUUACGCGUUGGCAAAGAAAAAUCCUGAUCUAAUGGCUAGACUUGACACUUCAGGUUUGCCGAGCAGUCACCCGUGUUAUUCAAACGCUAACAAAAAGGUGCCUGGUUUGUGGAGUGACGAAGCGCCGGGGAAAUCUAUAUUGGAGUUUAUUAGUCUAAGACCAAAAUGUUAUGGUUUUGACUUGGAGAGUAAAGAAAAAAUUAAGGCGAAAGGGAUACGUGGUCACGUUGUGAAAAAUCAUCUUACAGUCGAGGACCUGAAACGGUGUUUGUAUGCUGAAGAGGAGCCUGCAGUAAGCGAAGCUCAUGCAACAGCGGCUACAUAUGGCACGAUGGUUGUAAACAACAUUCAUGAGAGAGCCGUGGACUCUUAUUGCCCCGUUGUAAAGUACUCAACUUAUACACCAUACAGAGAAAAUGUGUCAAUCAGAUCAUUUCAACAUCAAAUAUACACCAUUAAGACUAUGAAAAUGACAUUAAACCGUUUAGAUGAUAAGCGGUUUAUAUCAGAAGACCGUAUUACUACCUACGCUUACGGUCAUUAUAAACUAGAGAAUGAAGACAGCAUUGAAACUUAAGAUUUGUAGAUACAUCUUAUAAACUAAUGUAAAAAUAAUAAACAGAUUACAAAAAUUUAUUAGUAAACAAUAUUAUUAUUAUUAUGUACAAAAAUUUAUUGUUGAAAUUAUAUUAAAUAAAAAAAAUUAACCUUGGUUAAAAUAUAAAUAAUUGAUUAAUCGACUCAUAUAGUAAUAAAAAACUAUGCUUAUUGAACUAUGCCUGUUCAUAGCUAAUACAUCACCCUCUUACACGUAUAACGUUACAUACAAUAAUCUAUGGCACAUUCCUCAA